CUGCAAACAACACCAAUGGCUGAAUCAACCAGCCCUCCGGUACGAGAGAGGACUGAUCCCAUUGCGGUCGUGAGCCGCAACUUGCAUUCUCGGUAUCCGAAAAUGCUAAUCAUCUCCAACACAGAGCUUUCUCUAAACGAUGGCGGCUACGAAGUGUACGCCAAGGACAAUGUUAUCUUCAACUUCAAAUUCAAGAGUUCAUUCUUUGGUCCAAGAGUUUUGCUCGACGCGGAUGGAAACACGAUCCUAACGUUCGUGCAAAAGAAGCUAACUUUUGGAACUAAAUGGAUAGUGUUCAGAGGUAACAGCACAAAGUCAAACGACAUAAUCUUCUGCACCAAAAGAUCUUCAGAUAUCUAUCCAGAACAACUUGAUGUCUUCAUGGGGGAUGAAGAAACAGAAGAUUAUUGUGACUUCAAAAUCAAAGGCAACUGGUUUGACCAAUCAUGUACCAUUUAUGGUACAGAUGGCUUCACUAGCAUUCCUGGCAACCCCGACAUUGCUAAGAUGAUAAUGAUGAAUCCCAAGCAUCUAUCAAUUGGACAAGAAAAGUUUGGUGUGUUGAUUUACCCUGAAGUUGACCACGCUUUCAUUGUUGCACUUGUUUUGAUCAUGAAAUUGACUAGAGAUAUUGAUUUAAGAAAGCAUUGUUCCCAUGGAUGGUGAAGGGAGACAAUGAAAUUAGUUGACAUGGAGAGGACUGUUGAUAUGUUUGUUUCAAAACAUCUAUUUAUUAUGUUUGAGAAAUAAUUGUUUUUUAUUGGUGUAUCAAAACUUGUUACAACAUUGUAUGAAGUUUGGUUCCUAGAUUCAAACCCCUUUUGUGAAUCAUUAGAAUUUGGUCUAUAGACUACAAUUCAUGUCACAUGUAAAACAAUAAUUGAUAUAACAAUUUAACGUAUUUUUUCA